AGCAGACAGUUCCACACCGCCGUGACCGCCGUCAUGGCUGCCAGGUUCUUCAGUAAAAAGCGUGAGGCGAGUGCUGACCGCUCCAGAAGUAAAGGCCGCACCCCAGAGCCCUCUUCCAACAGCUUGGAAGUGCCUCGCCCCGGCAGGAAGAACCGUUCUCCCUCCGUCAGGCUCUCUCAGGGCAUAGAGACCAAGUUGGUGCCUCCAGCUAUUCCUGAGAGACAGGGUGCCACGGAGGAGCUGCGGGAGGAGGAGCUAUUUGAUCCUGAGUGCCUCAAGCUGAUGAACGAAUACUUCUAUGGUGUGAGGAUCUUUCCCGGUCAGGACCCCGCCCACGUCUACAUAGGUUGGGUCACCACGCAGUACCAUAUCCACGACACCGCCUUCGACCAGAGCAAAGUGCGCUCCGUCAUCGUGCAAGAGUACACCGAGGAGGGACACAUCCAGAAUGCCGUGGAGCGUCACAGCUGUUACAUGUUCCGCGCUGACGAGCUGCAUGCGGAGGUGACGUCAGACACAGGCAGUAAGGGUGCCUCUCAGGGCAUGUUCAUCGGUUGCUUCAUCGACACUUCGACGGGCUUCAUCACGCUGCAGUGUGACGGCAAGGACACGCGACACAAGUACCGCAUGGAGCCCGGCACCAAGCUCUUCCCUGGGGUGUUCCUGGAGCCUACCAGCAAGGAGGUGCUGCAGAUCGAGUUGGGUCGUACCCCCAACACGCUGCCCCUGAGUGCGGCCGUCCUCCAGAACAGUGAUAAACAUGUCGUGCCCCAGAUGCCCCCCCGCCUCAAAGUCCAGAUACUUAAGCCUUACCAGUGGUCACGGGUACCCAACACGUCACUCAGAAUUCACGCCCUCAAACUCUCUGACAUCCGCGGCUGGUCCAUGCUGGCUGAGGACUCCGUGCCGAUGCUCGCCCUCCACAUCCCUGAGGAGGAUCGAUGCAUCGACAUCCUCGAAUUGAUCGAAUACGACAAGUUACUGAGCUUCCACUCUCACACACUUGCUCUGUACUGCGCCGUGUGCUAUCAGAGCAAUUACCGCGCCGCCCACACCCUCUGUUCUCACGUCGACCAGAAACAAUUGCUGUAUGCCAUGCAGAGCGAGUACAUGUCUGGCCCUCUCCGAAUGGGCUUCUACAACCUCCUGAUAGCGUUGCAUCUUGAGAGCUUUGCUAACACAAUGGAGGUCACCCACAACGAGUUCAUCGUGCCGCUGAGCAGCGAGCUGAAGGAAAUCUACUCUGAGGAAGGAAUGGGCAACUCCAUGUCCGCCAUCCACACCGAGUCCGUCCGUCCCGUCAUGUCUAUGUCUGAUAUCACCACCAACAUAGAGACCAUCAAGGGGCUCUCCUCACCUUACUUCCCACUCGACGUAGCCAGAGAGUUCGUCAUGAAUGCCCUCGCAGAAGCCGUCAAGACCAAUCAGAUCCACAACAGAGAUUCCAUCGGCGGCAGCAACGAAAAUCUUUUUGUGCCGCUGCUGAAACUGGUAGACAAGCUGCUGUUGGUGGGCAUCCUGCAGGACGACGAUAUCAAACGACUCCUCCUUAUGAUCGACCCUCAGACGUGGGACCCAGACUUUGAGCCAGAGGGUAAAGACGAAAACCGUAUAGGUAUUUUGUCGAUGGAGGUCGCUGAGGGCGUGAAGCUACAGCUGUGUUACGUGCUGCACCACCUCCUCGAUGUGCAGAAGCGUCAUCGUGUUGAGUCUCUCAUUGCCUUCGCUCAAGACUACGUGGGCGAGAUCCAACAAGAUCAGCUAAGGCGGUACAUUGAGAUCAAGCAGUCAGACUUGCCGUCCUCUGUGGCUGCCAGGAAGACCCGCGAGUUCCGUUGUCCUCCCCGAGAGCAGAUGAAUGCCAUCUUGGGAUUCAAGAACCUUACCGACGAGGAACUUGAGGAGACACCCUGCGGAGAGGACCUCAGGAAGGAACUACAAAACUUCCACGAACAGCUCAGGGCCAAAGCCAAGAUACCAGGAUCUGAAGAAGUGGGAGAGUCUGAG